AUGAGCUCCAAGACCGGCGCACGACGUCCCCCCCAGCCCGAGAAAUCUGAGGCUAUCCAGACCCGGUUUAAAGUCAUUGCCGCAUUUUGGGCCGUCAUUAUAUUCCUGGGAUUCCCGAUAUGGUGGAAGACGACAUCUAUCUACCGGGCCCGACUGCCCAUCCAGAACAUGGUCGAGUGGGCGGAUGGAAAGACCUGUCGUCCAGUUUUCCCCCUUGAGAUUCACUUUGAAACACCGUCCCUGCCAGAGCCAGAGGCACACCAUCUCUUGCGGACUACUCAGCACACUCUCGAUGAUCUGAACGAAUUCUCCGCCCAUCACCUUCGCCUGAAGCUUUCCGAAGAGAACACCGUCGCUAGCCAUGAAGACAUACUAGAGCAACCGCAGACUGUCCUGUAUGGAAGAGCCGAUACGGCGUUAACGGUUCGACUGCUACCACAGGAGGAUUUGGCGGCACCUCGGUCAGAGCUCCAUCCGGACACGACCCGGCUCGACGUAUAUUACCCCCCAAGCCAGAUCCCGCCGCCUUCCGCGUCAAACCCGCCCCUAUCUGCUUAUAUCGCUGGAGAGCUACAGAAUCUAUUCACAGAAGAAAAGGCCAUCAUUGCGCAGGUAUUAUCCGAUAACAAUGUCGGGGGCGCCAACACACUCACUGCUUCUUCGUCGAAUAAUCAGCAGCAGCCUUCCGCUAUUCUCAAUUCUAUCUCCCCACAACUCGCGAAGAGCAUCACCAGGCGUCUGCGAAGGUCUAUGAAAUAUGCGGAAACGUAUCACCUGGCCUUUUCUCUGUUUACCCCUGGAUCCGAACCUUCCUCGUGGGACGUCAAGACCGCGGUGGAAGAGUACAUCUCACCGCUCCUGCAGGCUUUCGCGCCCAUAAGCAAUUUUACCAUUGAUACCCAAGUCCAGCUCUACGCGACUUCUGCUCCGACUGCACCACUGCCUGAGUACGACGAAACACAAGCUGCUUGGACGCUGAAGAAGGACGAUCUCAGCGCUUUCAUCAACGCGGCUGAAUGGCCCUUAAGCCCAAGUAUCGGGAGUGGACCGACCAUCAACUUCAUUCUUUACGUUCCUGCGCCGUCGCAGUCUCCCAUAGUCGUGAAGGAGAGCAGUGCAACUAGCUGGAUUAUUCCUCAGUGGGGUGGUGUCUUCCUCUUAAACCCUUCUCUGUCGACCGCCAAUCAUUCGUCCAAUCCCCCUCACCUGUCUCAGGAGACUCUUCGUCCCGCAUUCCUAACUUUCUCUCAUCAACUCCUCACGCUUCUCGGCGCUCCCGCCACGCCGGCGUCUCUUCCAUUCCGUCUCCAAACCCUCAUCCGGAUCCGUGCUGCCACCCUCCUUCUCUCCGCCUCGUCAACCAUGGGCUCCCUUGCCCGUUUGACCGAGUCCCUCCCUUCCAUUCCUAUCCCAGCUAAUGUAGCGGCAUCCGUAUCAACGACUCUGUCUCAUCUUGCAUCCACAUGUGAGCAUCUCCGCGAAGGUCGUUUCCAAGCUGCUCUAGCGGACGCUCGGGUGGCCGAGACAGCGGCAGAGCGCAGCUUCUUCGAAAAGAGCAUGGUGGGCCAGGUUUAUUUCCCUGAUGAACAUAAGGUAGCUGUUUAUCUGCCCUUACUGGGCCCGAUUGGUGUCCCUCUUAUCGUAGGGCUUCUAAAGGAAGUCAAGAGGGUUGUUACUGGUCUGAAGGCCAAAAAACAACAAACAUAG